AUGACUUGCUUAUUAGAAAUCGCUCCCACCAAAAAAGUGUUCCAUGUGCUGGUGGCUAAACCUGAGCUGCUGGCUCUGAUGGUGAGUGGAGCAACUGCACACAUUGCCCUGCGGUACCUCGGAGAGCUCACUUGUGGUGAAACUGUCCUGGUAUCGGCUGCAGGUGGGGGAACCAGCCAGUUUGCCAAAAUGGCUGGCUGCCAUGUGUUGGGGACCUGCUCCUGAAAUGAGAAGGCGGGAUUUCUGAGGACCAUUGGCUGUGAUCGACCAAUCAACUACAAGACUGAAGACAUGGCCACUAUAUUGCACAAGGAGUAUCCUAAUGGGGUGGAUGUAAUCUAUAAGUCUGUAGGAGGUAGCAUGUUUGAUCUGGCUGUGAAUAGUUUGGCCACAUUGGUGAUCAGCUUCAUCUCUGGCUACCAGAGUGCCACUGGCCUGCAGUCUGUGAGAGGGGCCACUCUACCAGCAAAACUGCUUCAACAUUUCCUGCCUCACUUCUUGUCUGACUACAGUGAGUCUCUGCAGAGCAUGCUGCAGCUACUGGCUUUGGGAAAAUUGGUGUAUGAGGUGGAUGUCGGGGAGCAGGAUAGUGGAGGCUGUUUUAUGGGGCUGGAGUCCAUUUACCAGGCAGUGGACUACAUGUAUGCUGGGAGAAAUCUAGGCAAGGUUGUUGUAGAGUUGGCUCCACUCACAAACAGCAAUCUAUGAUCCAACCCAGACAUUCACAGUUCUUAGGUAAAUGAUUAAGAAAAUUGAAUUUUGUUUCAUAUUUUGAAAUACUCAGUUGACAAAAAUGCUUUGCACUACACUGUGUCAUCAAAACUAUUAAGCUAAUGAAGAGAUAAUGAAGGGAAUAUCAUUAGCAUUGACUAAUCUGCCAGCAUCACAUGGAUUUUCUGGGUUGAUUUGCCUAACUGCACCCUGCCAUGAAUUCAAUCUGAAAAAAAUAUCUCUGUAUUUUGUUUGAAUCAUUAAGUAGCCCUAUGUAAGUGUCAUCUGUAAAGUCAGGGAUGUUUAAUGUAGCAGCCAUUCAAUAAUAAUGUUGGUUUUAAUGUAUGUUUAGAAAUUUCCAUAAUAGGGAGCAAUUUCAUAUUUUUGUAUGAAUUUUAAGAUAAAGUAUCACUUCAAGAUGUUUCAAUUAUGAUAGAAAGCUCUUAAAUAAAUUAAUUUUCAUUUAAAGUCAAA